AUGGACUACAUCCAUAUCUUUUCCUCUGGAGCCGACGAGAGAGUACAUGGUGUUACUCUACUUCAUCUGGGAAGUCUUCAUGCGAACGUUGAUGGUAUCCAGGCUCUAUUUGACCACCAUAAAGGCAAGGCCACCAUUACGGAGAUGGUCUUAUCCCGUGACAGCCACGGCCGUCUACCACUUCACUGGGCUGCACGAGGGGCUCAUGGUAUGAAGCACCGCUAUGUGCUUCCUCGCCAUGAAGUACCAACACACGUGGUCAACACCAUCAAGUUGCUUUUAAGCAUCGAUCCAAACUCAGUCAAUUCCCGAGAUUAUAGAGGGGACAAUGCUCUAUGUCGAAAUCAAGAUGGAAGCAAUGUAUUACAUUUGUUAGGUUUCACACAAAAUGGCGAAGCCAUAGACCCGGCAAUAAUCGAACGUCUCGUGGCUCUGGGUGCGAACGUCGAGGAUGUCGAUAUACGUGGAAAUACUCCAAUCAACCAAAUGGCAUUGAACUUGCGUCAAGUCGCGGCCAUUCGGGCUUUACUUAGCUGUGGCGCUAGCAUGAAAAUUCAGAAUUCAAACGGCGAUACACCGCUUCACCAGGCAGCAAAGGGAAGGGUCUUUCCUCUUCAAGAUGAACGACUUGGUAUAUCGCUGGAUGCUAAGAUUAGAGCACAAGACGAGAUGAUGAAGGUCUUGGAAGAAGCUAGCAGUAGGCUCGAUCUGAUGAACAUACAAAAUGCGGAUGGGAAAACACCACGGCAGUUGCUGGAGGAGACGCGAAACGGCGCACGAGAUGACAAAGCGGAGUGUUGCCUGCAAAGUCUCGCCGGAUUCAAUAUUCUAAUAUGUUCUUAA